AUGGCAUCCACUAUCAAGGACAGCGCCAGCGAUGCUGCUGUCUCUGCACAAAAUGCAACCAAGUCCGCUAUUGAAAACCCCAAGUCUAAGGACUUCCUGCACCACCCGUACACACGCGCCGCCCUGCCCUUCAUCAACGGCGGACUAGCCGGCAUGACCGCCACAGUUGUGAUUCAACCCGUCGACAUGGUCAAAGUGCGCCUGCAGCUCGCCGGCGAAGGAGCCCGCACCGGUCCUCGUCCUUCCGCCCUCGGAAUCACUCGCGAUAUCAUCGCCUCCGGCAAAUUCCUCGAUCUCUACACCGGUUUGUCCGCUGGCAUCCUCCGCCAAGCCGUCUACACUACCGCGCGACUGGGAUUCUUCGAGACAUUUGUCAGGAAGCUCAAUACCCGCGCGCAAGCCGCCGACCGAAAUUUAACCUUCGGCGAGCGUGCUGCGGCAGGACUGAGUGCCGGUGGAAUCGCAGCCAUGAUUGGAAAUCCGGCCGACUUGGCCCUCGUGCGCAUGCAGGCCGAUGGCCUCAAGGCCCCCGAGGCUCGCGCCAACUAUCGAUCCGUCUUUGAUGCUCUCGGUCGUAUCACCCGCACCGAAGGCCUCGCUGCCUUGUGGGCUGGUGCUACGCCCACAGUUGUGCGUGCUAUGGCCCUCAACUUGGGUCAGUUGGCUUUCUUCUCUGAGGCUAAGCAGCAGCUUAAGCAACAUACUUCUCUCUCGUCUCAGAGUCAGACUUUUGCUGCUUCCGCCAUUGCCGGCUUCUUUGCUAGUUUCUUGUCUCUGCCUUUCGAUUUCAUCAAGACCCGUCUUCAGAAGCAACAGAAGGACCCCAAGACUGGCUUGCUUCCUUACAAGGGCUUGAUGGAUUGUGCGCGCAAGGUUGCCAAGGACGAGGGUUGGUUGCGCUUCUACCGUGGCUUUGGAACUUACUACGUCCGGAUCGCUCCUCAUGCAAUGGUCACCCUCAUCGUGGCUGAUUAUCUUAACCUCCUCACCAAGUAA